AUGUCGACCCCCGCAACCAUCAAGGCUGGCAUCGCCAUGCCUCCCAAGAGCGCCAACAAGGCGCCUAUCCCCGGCCAGCGCAACGUGUUGAUUACUUCGGCCUUGCCCUAUGUCAACAACGUGCCUCACUUGGGAAACAUUAUCGGAUCCACCCUCUCUGCUGAUGUCUACGCCAGGUACCAGCGCGUCCGCAACAUCAACGCCUUGUACAUCUGCGGAACUGACGAAUACGGAACCGCCACCGAGACAAAGGCCUUAUCCGAUGGAGUGACAUGCCAGGAGCUCUGUGACAAGUACUACCCGAUCCACAAGCAGUGCUACGAAUGGAUGGAGAUUGAUUUCGACAAGUUUGGACGCACCACGACUGAGGAACAGACCAAGAUUUCGCAGGAUAUCUUUAUGAAGUUGUAUGAGCGUGGUCUUUUGAUCGAGGAUUCUAUGCUCCAACUUUACUGCAGUCAGUGUGACAGAUAUCUUGCUGACCGUUUCGUUGAGGGAACAUGUCCCAAGUGCAACUACGAUGAUGCCCGUGGAGAUCAGUGCGACCAGUGCGGCUCCCUCUUGAACGCAACAGAUCUCGUCAACCCCCGCUGCAAACUGGACGGAAACCGUCCCGUCCAGAAGGAGUCAAAACACCUCUUCCUCGACCUGGGCAAGCUCCAGCCCGAGUGUGAGGCGUGGUACGAGAAGGCUUCAGCCGAGGGCACCUGGUCCAACAAUGGCAAAGUCAUCACCCAGUCCUGGUUUAAGGAUGGGCUCAGGUUGCGUUGCAUUACCCGUGACUUGAAAUGGGGUACCCCUGUCCCCUUGCCCGGUUGGGAGGGCAAGGUGUUUUAUGUGUGGUUUGAUGCUCCUAUCGGUUACCCUUCUAUCACAGCUACUUAUACCAAGGACUGGGAGAAGUGGUGGAAGAACCCUGAGGAUGUCAAGCUGUACCAGUUCAUGGGCAAGGAUAACGUUCCCUUCCAUACUGUCAUCUUCCCCAGUACCUUGAUGGGUACUGGCGAGAAGUGGACCCUCCUCAACACCCUUAGCACCACCGAGUAUUUGCAGUAUGAGACGGGCAAGUUCUCAAAGUCGCGCGGCGUCGGCAUUUUCGGUAACAACGUCCAAGAGACUGGUGUGCCCCCCUCAGUCUGGCGCUACUACCUCCUCUCGAACCGUCCCGAGACCAACGAUUCCCACUACCUCUGGAAGGAUUUCAUUGCCCGCAACAACAACGAGCUCCUCGCCAACCUCGGAAACUUUGUCAACCGUGUCAUCAAAUUCGUCAACGCCAAGUAUGACUCCCACGUUCCUUCCCUCGACGCUACCGCCUCCCCUGCUACCGAGUCGGAUGAGAAGCUUCUCCGGGAGGUCAAUGAGAAGUUGAAUCUUUAUGUUGAGGCUUUGGAUGAGGUCAAGAUCCGUGAGGGUUUGAGGUUGGCUAUGGAGAUCUCUGCGCUUGGAAACGUCUACCUCCAGGAUAACAAGAUCGAUAACGCCCUUUUCGCGGACCACCGCGCUCGUUGUGAUCGUGUCGUCAUCACGGCCUUGAACUUGAUCUACCUCUUGUCCGCGGUCUUGUUCCCCUUCAUGCCCUCGACCUCGGAAUCCAUCGCCCGCCAAUUGAACGCCCCCGUCCGUCUCUUGCCCGACUCCUUCACUGUUGAUUCCAUCCUUCCCGGACAUGUGAUUAACAAGGCCGAGUACCUCUUCAAGCGCAUCGACGAGAAGCAGGAGGACAUUUGGAGAGCCAAGUAUGGUGGUGACGGCUCCGAGCCUGCUGCCGAUGAGAAGAAGAAGAAGAAGAAGCCUACCAAGGCUGCUCCUGCGCCUGUCUUCAAGGGCGAGAAGCCUGUUGAGGUUGUCGAGUUGGAGAAGAAGAUUGAGGACCAGGGUGUCAAGGUGAGGGAGUUGAAGGCGAGCAAGGCCGAUGCUGCCGCUGUUCAGACCGAGGUUUCUGCGCUCUUGGGGUUGAAGAAGGAUCUUACCGAUCUCUUUGCCAAGCUCACCGUUUAA